GGAACAAAGAAAGAACGCUGAAGCUUCUGCGAGCACUCGGAAGUGUGGCACACAAACCACGUGUGAAUCACCACGUGGUCUCGAGGUGAUUUCUGUCAACACACAGAAAGCAAACUAUUUAGCUAGAAACUUGGGUGGAAACCAAUGCAAAGACAGAGUAAGAACUUGACAGGAAAAAUACCGCUGUAGGAAUGGCAUCAGAAGCAAAAAGACCAAAGGUGGAUGAAGAUUCAACCUCAGACCUUUCGUCAGAGGAUCCUCUCAAGAACUUCAUGCGCUGGUGUGAUAAAAUUGGUCUGACGCUCAGUAACAAGGUGUACCUGAGCCGAGAGGGCACGGUCGCGGAGUACGGCAUGCUGGCCAGCGGGGACAUCGAGGAGGGAGAGGUCGUCUUCUCCAUUCCCCGGGCCGCUGUCCUGUUUCAGAGCACCACCAAGGUCAAAGCUGUCCUGGAGGAAGCUAAGGCCUCUCUGGACAGCGCGUCCGGGUGGGUCUCUCUCCUUAUGGCUCUGAUGUGGGAGUACACCUCUCCCGAAUCCUACUGGGGGCCCUACCUGUCCCUCUGGCCUGACUUCAAGGUCCUGGACCACCCCAUGUUCUGGUCCGAAGAGGAGCGGGUUCGACUGCUCCAGGGCACGGGGGUUCCGGAGGCGGUGGACACGGACCUCGCCAACAUUCGGAAGGAGUACAGCGACAUCGUCCUGCCCUUCAUGCGCCUGCACCCCGACCUGUGGGACCCCGAGAAGCACACGCUGCAGCUCUACACCAGCCUGGUGGCUUUCGUCAUGGCCUACAGUUUUCAGGAGCCUCUUCCGGAGGAGGAUGAGGACGAGGUCGAGCAGGAGCCGAACUUCCCCAUGAUGGUGCCAAUGGCCGACAUGCUGAACCACGUGUCCAAUCACUGCGUCCAUCUGGAGUUCACGCCUGUGAGAGACACGCCCACAUUCGAUGGGGAGGAGGUCUUCAACACGUACGGAGAGAUGGCCAACUGGCAGCUGCUGCACAUGUACGGCUUCGCCGAGCCGUAUCCCGGCAACAGCAACGAUACCGCGGACAUACCAAUGUCCAACGUCUACAAAGCGGCCGUCCAAGCCACACAGAGCAGGGAUGACCAGCGCCUCCUGGUGGACAAGUGGAGUAUGCUGUGCGAUAUGGAGAUGGUCGGGGAGAAGGGCGUGUUCAUCUUCGGCCAAUCAGGGGUGCUGACGGUCACGGAGCUGUACAACACGCUCAAGAUCCUCAGCAUGCCGUCGGAGGAGUUCGAGGAGUGGAAGGAGAACGAAGGGACCCCUGAGGCCCAGCUGGACGUCCUGUGGCAGACCCCGGGAAGGAAGAAAGUGGCUCGCUACUCUCGUGGGGAUCAUAGCGUAGGCAUUCACUUUGAGGGGAGAGUCACGUUCCCCACAGAGAGGAUUCGGCAGGGUGAUUUCUCUAUCGACAUCAGCUCCGUUACGUUCCGCGAUGAGGACUCUUACGAGUGCGUGUGGAAGGGUCCCGAUGAAAGGGGUCUUAAGGAUGUGAUUCUCUACGUUUUGAGAGUCUACCAGUGCUCCACGGACCAGAAUCAAAAUGUAACUUCCGUCGUUCUCGAACUUAAAGCACCCCACACCAGCACCCACACCACCACCACCACCACCUUUGACCGUGAACAGGAAUAA